AAUGAAUCACGAAUCAGAAAAUACUCCCUUUAUUUAACAAGAAUUUCCUUCAAAAGAAUCACAAGAUUCCUAACAAGAAUAACCUAAAAUAGUUUCAAUUAACACAUUGUUUCUAUAAAAUACUACCUAAGCCUUUAAUCCUGGCAAAAUGAUAAGCAAAUAAUUUUACGUUUUUUCAAGAUCUCUCAAAAAGUAUUGAUUUAUAUGCAAACUAUUUAGAUCUAUAGAAUAAUAUAGAAAUAAUGAGAAUAUCCAAUUUGCUAAGAAUUUAACAACCUCUUUAGAGGAAUUUGAUGGUGUUUCAUACAACAAUUAAUCAUUAAAUGAAGAUAAAUCUAUCACAGCAUAAGGAGUUAAGUUAUUUGGCAAAACAAUCUCUAAGAUUAAGGAUAACAUCAUAGGAGCACAAUAACCACAAGAACCAUAAGAAAAUUAAUAGUAAAAUAGAAAUGAAACUCAUAUUCAAUAGAAUCAAAAAUAAGAUGAAGAAAAUAUUUGAU